AGAUGGAUUUUUUCCCAGGGAAAAUGGAGGCCUGUGGAGCCGGGACGGGCUUUCCAGCCGCCAGGAGCCCGUUCCCCCACGGCCGCGGCUCCACCACCGCUGAGACGCAGGGGCUGCGGGGCGGGGCUCCGAGGACCCCGGACUGGAGGAGCGGGGGUCCUGGCUCUGCGGCUGUGCGGGGACGGGGACGGCGGCCUCAGGAGACACGAAGAAGCCCUAGGGCUGGGCUCGGGGUGAACGGGGUGACCCAGUGCCCCCGUGCCGGGACGGGUGAGGGGUGUGGUCAGGGUGGGUGGCUGCCGAGCCCUGGAGCGCUGCCUGCCUCUGGUCUGUGCCGCGUUCCGGAGCAGGGCCUGGCCACGCCCUGGGGUGCCCCCUAGCCACGGGGCAGCCGGGCCACCGCAGGGCUCUGGGGGGGCCGCCUGGGUUGCUGCGGACCCCCACCCAAGGCCUGGCCUCGUCCCAUCAUGGCUCAAGUGGGUCACCCACCUCGCCUCUGUGUCCCUGGGACCCAGGGCGACAGGUUGGACCAGACCAGCUGGCCCAGAAGCUCUGUGGAAGCGGCUGUGUAGGAGGGUGUGUCCGAGGCGGGUUUGAGCAGUGAUCCAGAUGGGGGAGAGUUGAUAGGGUUUGAAGGGCGGCGGGCAUUGGGUUUUUACAGGGAGUUGUUUCUGUUUCUGUGAUGGCCCCGAGCGUUCCGCCGCCACUGAUCGGUCUCAGCUGAGUAUUUCAGCGUCUGACCUUAGCCGGCCUGCAUUUCUUUCUGUAGAAAGGUUACUAGAAGGCGUGAGGACCCAGAAGCCGGGCUGAGGUUUCUCGGUGGUGAAUUUGAGAUGACGGUGGUUUUUCCUGGGUCUCUGGGGCCUUGGAGCCUUCCUCUGCCUUGGGCCUUGGCUCUGCGCCCCGGCCUCCACCCUGGCUGGGCCCACGCUUCAGAAGCAGGCUUCUCCCGCGUGCUCGGAGCCUGAGGCUGGCGGGCGGCUCUUCGUGCUGUAGCCUCGCUUGUCCACUCUCCGUCCCCUCUCAGGCCCUGCCCCGGCCCUCAGGACCCCACGUCUGUCUCCUUGUGCCUCUUGGUAGGAGGAGGAGGAAAAGGGCUGUUUCAGGCUUUCUCUCCAGGAUAAUCAGGGUUUGUUGGAUUGGCUCACAUUUAAAACCACCUGCGGCGCACAGAAGAGCCUCUCAGGUCUUCAGGACGCUGCCUGCUUUAGGAAAAGGAAGCCACUAAACCCUCCCUCCUUGGAGUCACAGGAUCUUACAUCUGGGGGGACUGGAAUUCACGCCGGUUCAGUGGUUCUGCACCAGCUUAGAGUGCCUGGGCACAUAAGAAACACCCAAGCCUGGCCCCGCCCCAGGGCAGCGAAGUCAGGACCCUGGGAGGGGGCCUGGGCAUCGUCCUCGGUGUGGGAAGGACAGACGAACCUGCAGGUGAUCUAAUGCACCUGGGCCCAGAGCUCUGCGUCCUGAUCAUGGUCCAAUCCGAGGCCCCACUGGGUAGCUUCUUGAUUUGAGGCAAGUAACUAAACCUGAGCUCUCUUCUUUCCAUUGGAAAUGUACGAUUCCCUGUUUAGCAGGUUAAACGGCCUAACUGAACGUGCCUGGCACGGAGUAGGUACUUCAUAUUAGCACCUGGCACCCACUCUGCUGUAUUUAUGUGUAUUUUUCGUUCCUGUAGUCAGACACUGGAGUCCUGUUUUCCUAGCUUGGAAAUAGUGGAACCAAGAUCAGAACCCACUGUUUUGUUCUUUGGUCCCAGUGCCCUGGAGUCCCCCCAGCCUUCGUGAAGGGGCACCUAUACCAGCCACUCGCCCUGGGCAAGCUUGAGUCAUUGUUUCAGUCAGAGCUCUUCAGAGUCAUGGGGACCCUCCCGUUUCAAGGCAGAGGUUCCACAGGAGCGUAGCGAUGCAGUCGUGGCAAAAUGGGAACUGUCACCCAGACCGCGUGGCAGGCUUGUGGAAAGGACAAGGUGGAGGAUGGGCGCAUGAGGGUCCCGGGGCCGUGGCCUGGUGCAGCGUGUGGACCCCGGCCCAGCCUGUACGACGUCGGCAGCAUGAGCCUCCCAAGCAGCGGGCCGGCGGGCAGCAUCUUUGACCUGGACUGCACCUCCGGGCAGGUCCGCUGGGCGCUGGUGGCCGCCGGCUGCACCUUCUACCUGGGCGUCUUCGUGGCCUGCCACCAGCUGUCAUCCUCCCUGAACGCCACCUACCGCUCCCUGGGGGCCCGAGAGCAGGUCUUCUGGAACCUGGCAGCCACGCGUGCAGUCUUUGGCAUCCAGGGCACCACGGCGGGGCUACGGGCGCUGCUGCUGGACCCCGUGCUCCAGGCCGACAAAGUGCUCGGCCAGCAGAACUGGUGCUGGUUCCACAUCACCACGGCAACUGGAUUCUUCCUCUUCGAGAACCUCGCGCUCCACGUGUCCAAUGUGCUGUUCCACACAUUCGACGGGUUCCUGGCCGUCCACCACCUCUUCGCCUUCCUCGGGUUUCUCGGCUGCGUGGUGAACCUCCAAGCGGGCCACUACCUGCCCAUGAUCACGCUGCUCCUGGAGAUGAGCACGCCCUUCACCUGCAUCUCCUGGAUGCUCCUAAAGGCCGGCUGUGCGGACUCGCUGCUCUGGAGGCUGAACCAGUGGCUGAUGGUCCACCUGUUCCACUGCCGCAUGGUCCUCACCUACCACAUGUGGUGGGUGUGCCUGGGCCACUGGGACGGCCUGGCCCGCAGCCUCUUCCCGCCGCACUGGGCGCUCUUCGUGGUCGGGCUGGGCCUCCUCACGGUCCUCAUCAACCCCUACUGGACCCGCAAGAAGACGCAGCAGCUGCUCAACCCCGUGGACUGGAACUUCGCGCCCGGCCGCCCCAACGGGCCGGCGCCGCCCAAGAAGACGAGGUAGCGGCCUCGGCCCCGACUGUCCCCGCGGCGCCGACCCCAGGCCGCGUGAGUACUGACUUCCACGUGGCGCCGAGUACCUACACCUGAGCGCGCCUCGGGGACAGAGUCCCGCCGUGGUGACGUCACGGCCCGAUGUGCUCCUUCCCGCGAGCUUGGCCUGUCUGCGCCGUCGCCCCAAGGAGGGCCCGCGUGGACGGGUCGCACUAAAGCGUGUGUGCGUCUUAUUCAACAGCCCCGUUAUUUUUAGUGGGAGAGAACUGUCCCAAGAGAAUAUAAUCCGGUCCCUUACCCUGUUGACAUUCCCAGGGCUGAGAUGUAAGCCGCGUCUCCGCAGCGCCAUCUCGUGGUGAGCGCGGGGCAUCGGCCUGGCUUGCGGCUGGGGGCGGCGGAGGGGUCUUCUCACCAGGGAAGCUCAUCCGGCGAAGAGUGUUGUUUCCGUUUUGUGUUUCUCUGUUGACACAGUAAGAGAGGUGUUAGUAAUCAGAUCUGUCUAGAUUUUAGAGCUGUUUUUAACUAAGUUUCAAACAGGUGCCCCGCCAGACCCUACCUAACCCCCUGGUUGGUGUCUCUCUGUAGGUUUCACCAGACCCUACCCCCUGGUUGGUGUGUCUCUGUAGGUUUCAAGUCGGGUCAGUGGUCACUCUCCCUGCGAGCUGUGGGUGGACCUGGCCCCUUGGAGUGCCCGGCUGCAGGGCCCCCUCCUCACCUCCUGGUGACGAGCCCGGGCACCACCUUUACCAUGUGGGGCCCGGGUGGAAUCUACACCCCGACCCGCAAUUUUGUUGACGAAUACGUACUGACAUCUUAUUCUUGCCACGAGUGGGCAAUUAAAAUGAAAAGCUCGUAUUUACUGAAAGUGCCCUUGAACUGUUUUUGAAAAACACACUUAUUGGUCGUGAGAAUCACGUGUGCCUUGUGCCUGGUGUGUAACACGGCCCCUCGGAAGGGUGUGUGCUGAUUUCUGGUACUGUGACUUGACUGUACGGAGGUCAGGAGAUGUGAUAGCUGCUUGUGUCAUUUUGAGAAGUGUUUCAAUCCUAGAAACAUCCAGCAAACCGUGUCCCUGCUGAGACCCCUCUCCCCCUCGCCGAAGACCCCAGGCACCUGCCGCCCGCUCUCCCGUCCGCAAGCGGGGGGAGCCGAGCUGGCUGUGUUUCCAGCCGGUCAGAACUUUAAUAAAGUAACCGAUGUUUACAGAACCUGAAAGCAUGUCCGUUCUUCUCCCUCAAUACUGUUCACAUUGCUGUGGAGGCUUUCUGUCUCGGUGAUACAACUGUGAUGAUGAAUCUUCACGUGCUCAAGGUUUGAACUCAGUUUAAGGUAUAAAAUAUUUAAUUUUUACGUGACCCUCACUGGGAA